ACAUUUCCGUUUGAAUCCGUUCCAAAUCACGUGUUGUUUUUUCGAGUCGCUUCCACUUACCAUUAGCACAGGCGCACUGUAAGCAGCAGCCAUGGAUGAAGCAGUUCAAGCCGAAGAAUACUUUGAUGUUCUUACCAAAACUGGCCAGAAAACCGGCAUUCGCAAAACCAGAGGGCAUGUUCAUAGAGAUGGGGAUUACCAUCGUGCUGUUCACGUGUGGAUUUAUUCUGAAAGCACAAACGAGCUUCUGCUUCAGAAACGUGCUGAAUUCAAAGAUUCCUGGCCAGGCCAGUGGGAUAUCUCCAGUGCAGGUCAUAUAUCUGCUGGUGACUCUUCCCUCAUAACAGCAAGAAGGGAACUUCAGGAAGAGCUAGGUGUCAAUCUUCCAGAGGAUGCAUUUGAACUGUUGUUUGUUUUUCUUCAAGAGUGCGUCACUAAUGAUGGAAAAUUUAUCAAUAAUGAAUUUAAUGACGUGUAUUUGGUGACCACCAUAGCACCUAUUCCUCUAGAGGCAUUUUCACUUCAGGAAUCAGAAGUCUCAGCUGUUAAGUAUAUUUCUUGUGAGGAAUACAAAAGUUUGCUGCAGAAGGAAGAUCCUGACUAUGUCCCUUAUGAUGUAAACGGGCAAUAUGGUGAACUUUUGAACUUAAUUGCACAAAGGUACAAAGAGAACGUUGAGGAACGAAGUUUAUCUCUUCAAAGGCAACUCAAUCGCUAUGCACCUAUUCCCCUUACUGCAGAGCUUGGCGGGAUUAGUGACGUUGAUAAAGAAGCUCUUAAGUUUGUUCUUAAAGCUGCGAUGAUAAUGGAUGAUAUAUUUCACCAGCAGGUUUGUCUUAGCAAUCCAGCUUUGAGAGAUUGGUUGAAGGAGCAUGCUGAUACUUCCCCCUUGAAUAAGUUGAAAUGGAAAUAUUUCUCUAUUAACAAAAGUCCAUGUUUCUCAUUAUUGAUUGCUUACAGGUCUUGCCUAGAUGAAAACCUUGCAUUUUUAAGUACGGCUGAUUCUGCAAUUAAAUUGCAUUUGCAUGCCACAAAACCAGUAUCUGGCUGGAAGGGCCUUGAGUAUAAAGCUGCGUUUCCUCUAUCGAAACAACCUGGUGCAAAUUUCUAUCCUUCAGAUAUGGACAAACUGGAAUUUGAAUUGUGGAAAAAUAGUCUGUCUGAGGAUGAAAGACAAGAAGCGAUGGGCUUUUUUAAUGUCAUAAAAAGAUUCAACGGAGUCAAUUUAGAUACUCAAACUGAUGAGGGCGUCGCUGACCUGUCUAUCCGUGAUCUCUAUUGUGUCCCAUUCUCUCAAGAGUAUAGUUCUUACCUCACAAAAGCUUCAGAGUUGCUGUAUAAAGCAGGGGAACUGACUAGCUUUCCCAGUUUGAAGAAGCUGCUGCACACUAAGGCCAAUGCAUUCCUCUCCAAUGAUUAUUAUGACUCUGACAUAGCCUGGAUGGAAUUGGAUUCAAAACUAGAUAUCACCAUUGGCCCUUAUGAAACCUAUGAAGAUUCGCUUUUCGGAUACAAGGCUACUUUUGAGGCAUUUAUUGGAAUUCGAGACGAUGAUGCUACAGCCAAACUUAAACUAUUUGGCGAUAAUUUAUUGGUUUUGGAGCAAAACCUUCCAAUGGAUGACACAUUCAAGUCUAAAGAUGUCACAGCUGCUCCAAUUCGUGUCAUCCAACUUCUUUACAAUGCUGGGGAUGUGAAGGGACCUCAAACUGUUGCAUUUAAUUUACCAAACGAUGAACGCAUUGUGAGAGAUCGUGGUACUUCAAUGGUAAUGCUGAAAAAUGUCUCUGAGGCGAAGUUCAAACAUAUUCUUCUUCCUAUAGCCGAGGCAUGCAUAUCAAAAGAACAACAGGAGCUUGUUGACUUUGAUUCCUUCUUCACUCAUACAAUUUGUCAUGAAUGCUGCCAUGGUAUUGGUCCUCAUAGCAUAGUGCUUCCAGAUGGUCGGAAGUCAACAGUAAGAUUGGAGCUACAAGAACUACACUCUGCUUUGGAAGAAGCAAAAGCUGAUAUAGUUGGUCUUUGGGCUCUCAAAUUUUUCAUUAAUCAGAAUUUACUUCCGUCAAGUUUGUGCAAAUCUAUGUAUGUUUCCUUUCUUGCGGGAUGUUUUCGCUCCGUACGUUUUGGGCUAGAUGAAGCUCAUGGAAAGGGACAAGCGUUGCAGUUUAAUUGGUUAUUUGAGAAAGAAGCAUUUAUUAUGCAUCCUGAUGGGAGAUUUAGCGUUAAUUUUGACAAGGUUGAAGAUGCUGUUGAAAGCUUGAGUAGAAAAAUAUUAACCAUACAAGCUACUGGUGACAAAAAUAAAGCCAGUUCUCUUCUUGAGGAGUACUGCAAAAUGACCAAUCCAUUGCGACUUGCAUUAGACAAGUUAGAAAGUGCUGAGGUACCAGUUGACAUAACUCCAGCAUUUCCUGUCGCUGACCAAAUAUUGCAUGGAAGACCCUGAAACUUGCUGAGACUUUGAAGAUGCAGUCGUGCUUUACAAUUAAAGGAAAUGCUAGGUUUUUUCAUUUUGAUACCUGAUUUAUCACUUUACUUAACUAAGAUCAACAGGAAUGGAAAAUGACUGAUUGGAUAUUGCUUCACUUGUUCUGCUGCAUAUUGUCCUAGUACAUUCUUAUAACUUAUCCCAAUAUAACAAUAAUAAUUGCUUUCUACCUUAUUUAUGUAUCAAAUAAGAUGUACCUGGUCAUUUGAAUCUCA